UGCAGAUGCACUGGAACGGGGUGCGAAUGAGACGGCCUUUUGAUCGUAUCUAGGAUAUUCAGAUGAAAAUCUAAAGGGAUUUUGGUUUUUGUUUGUGGUGGACAACGAUGGAAAAAGGAGCGGGGCCUCGUUUGAAGAAGCGCUGCUGGAUUUGGUUUUCUUUGCCUUUUCUGCUGGUUUUCGGUCAUCAUGCUGUGGCUGAACUCAGGUACUCUGUUCCCGAGGAGAUUAAAGACGGAACGGUGGUAGGAAAUGUCGCAAAGGAUCUCGGACUGGAUAAAUCCUCUUUAAAAGAUCGUCGUUUCCGUGUUGUGUCUGAAUCUAAGGACCAUUAUUUUGACGUCGAUUCUAAUAACGGGGCCUUAAAGGUACGUUCGAAAAUCGACAGAGAGGAGCUGUGUGAGGGGAACGGGCCGUGCCUCAUCGAGCUGCAGAUUCUUGUUGAAAACCCUCUAGAAAUACAUCACGUUGUAGUAGAAAUAACAGAUGUGAACGAUCACUCCCCGGUGUUUUUGGAAAAGGAGCAAGUCUUUGAAAUUGGAGAACAAUCAUCUCCUGGUGCGCGAUUCCAGCUGCACGCCGCGCGCGAUACCGACGCUGGCGCAAACUCCAUCCGCACAUACACACUAACGCCAAACGAACACUUCGACAUAGAAAUAAGCGAUGAAGAGAAAAUUCCAUUUUUACUUUUAAAGAAGUCACUGGAUAGAGAACAAAAGAACAAACACGUUCUUUUUGUCACAGCAGUUGAUGGAGGUAGACCCCAAAGAACAGGAACUCUGAACGUAACAGUUAUUGUUCUUGAUACCAAUGACAACCGUCCCACUUUUAGUCAGGAGAUUUACCAAGUUGAAAUACAAGAAAAUGCGUCUGUAGGCACACGUGUUGCCAGAGUGAAUGCAACAGAUCCAGACCAGGGACCGAACGGACAAAUAGAGUAUAGCCUCAGCAAAAUGUUACCGCGUAAAGUUUAUGACAUAUUUGAUCUUGACAUUUCAAGUGGAGAAAUUAAAUUAAAAGGUGGACUGGAUUUUGAAGAAUCUGAUACAUACAAAUUAGACAUUCAGGCGUCAGAUAAAGGACAACCUCCUCUAAUAGGUCGAUGUAGGCUAAUUAUAAAAAUAAAAGAUGUUAAUGACAACGCUCCUGAGAUUGAUGUCAAAUCAUUGUCAGAAAGCAUAUCUGAAGACUCAAAACUUGGCACAGUUGUUGCACUGAUAAGCGUAACGGAUAAAGACUCAGCUCUGAAUGGAAAAAUACUUCUUCACUUAAAUAAUGAUGUACCUUUUGCUCUUAAACCUUCCUAUAAAGAAAAUAUGUAUUCAUUUGUUACAAAAGAUGGUCUUGAUAGAGAAAAGGAGAACCAAUACACAAUAACAAUACAAGCCACUGACUGUGGCAAUCCACCUUUGGUUACUUUCAAAUUUCUCAGGAUUCAGAUUUCAGAUGUUAAUGAUAACAACCCACAGUUCUCACAGAACCCAUUAUAUUUUUACCUGACAGAAAACAACAAAAUUGGAGCAUCUCUGUUUUCAGUGACUGCAGAAGACAUGGAUGUUAAUGAAAAUUCAGUAAUUUCAUAUCACAUUGUCCGUGAGAAUGACGCAACAAGUUUCCUCAGUAUAAACUCUGAAACAGGAGAAAUUUCAGCUCUGAAAAGCUUUGACUUUGAAAGUGUGAAAACGUUCCAGUUCCACGUUGUUGCCACAGAUUCUGGAAGUCCUCCUCUGAGCAGCAACGUGACAGUGAACGUGUUCAUUCUGGAUCAGAAUGACAACGCUCCAGUCAUCCUGUAUCCAGUCAGCUCCAACGGUUCUGCUGAAGGGGUGGAGGAGAUUCCCCGCAACGUGAACGCAGGACACUUGGUGACUAAAGUGCGAGCCUAUGACGCUGAUAUAGGAUAUAACGGCUGGCUGCUGUUCUCACUGCAGCAAGUGACUGACCACAGUCUCUUUGCUUUGGACCGCUAUACAGGACAGAUCCGAACUCUCCGCUCGUUCACAGAGACAGACGAGGCUGAACACAAACUGCUCAUCCUGGUCAAAGACAAUGGCAACGUUUCCCUCUCAGCAACAGCUACUGUCAUUGUCAAACUUGUGGAGCCCAAAGAGGCUUUUGCAGCUUCUGAUGUUCAAAGUGCAGCAGCGGAGGAUGAAGACAGUCACGUGACUUUCUACCUCAUCAUCACUUUGGGCUCCGUUUCCCUGCUGUUUCUCAUCAGCAUCAUCGUGCUGAUUGCAAUGCAAUGCUCCAAGUCCACAGACUAUACUUCCAAAUAUCUGCCAGAGCCCAAUUAUGAUGGAACACUGUGUCACAGCAUCCAGUACAGAUCUGGAGACAAACGCUACAUGUUAGUGGGACCCAGAAUGAGUGUUGGAUCUACCAUAGUUCCUGGAAGUCACGCAAACACACUUGUGCUUCCUGAUAGGAGGAAAACUUCAGAUGAGGUAUGUUGGGAUAUGUUUUUCCUAUGCAUUACAUUCUUUGUUUUUUUUUCUUUUGCUUCUUUGGUCUUUAAAAAUUAAUUUAUUGAUAUUUAAAUUUUCAAUCUAGUAUUUUAUUUAUCUAUUUUUUUACCUGUUGUUUUAAAUAGGUGCAUUAGAACAAUUUAGAAAAAAUAGCAAGUUUGUCUCCCUUUCAGAGGUUCAAUAAGUGAUCUUUGAGUUCCAAAGCUUUUCUGUUUUCAGUUCAAGCAGUGUGAGCUAUCUUACCUUUGGUUAAGCUUGUUUCCUAAAUAACUAAAACAGAAUUGGAUAUCACUGUAUAUAACUAUAUGGCUAAAGUUUAAUAAUGUUUCUAAAAGGUUUCUCUGAAGCAGGGCUCUUUAAAGAUAAUGUA